AUGUGUCACGUGCAUGCACAUUGCCAGGCUUCAAAGGAUGAACAGAGCAGCAAAGAUGAAGAGCACGCAUCAACACUGGUCAUUGUCUCCUUCAAGGACCAGUUCACACUUAGACAAGACAUGUGCCUUAGUUGUGGCAGCUUUGGAUUGGGAGAUGAGGGGCGUUUGAUCGCCUGUGUUCAGUGUGGACAGUGCUACCACCCAUAUUGUGUUGGCAUAAAGGUGUCUCCAUCUAUGCUGGAAAAGGGAUGGAGAUGUCUUGACUGCACAGUCUGUGAGGGGUGUGGCAAGCCCCACGAUGAAAGUAGAUUGAUCCUCUGUGAUGAAUGUGACAUCAGCUACCACAUCUACUGUCUGGACCCCCCACUGCAGGAAGUACCUCAGGGCACCUGGAAAUGCAAGUGGUGCAUCAUGUGUGUUGUAUGUGGAAGCAACAAUCCAGGUACAAAUUGCACCUGGCUGGAAAACUUCUCUAAAUGCGGCCCUUGCAGUAGUCUCGAGAUAUGUCCUGUUUGUUGCAUGAAGUAUGCUGAUACAGAUCUUGUACUUCAGUGUGCACACUGUGAUAGGUAA